AUGGUGCUCAUCCACGGGCGCCCGGAAGCCCGCCGACCCCCGCGCCCGCCCAGCCGCCGGCCGCCGCGGCGCCGCCCGGCUCACGCGGGCGCCCCAUCCGCGCCCGGCGCGGCCCGGCCCGCUUCCGGGCGCGGGGCGCGGGGUGCGGGAGAGCGGUGCCGGGCGCUCUCCCCUGUGCUGAACCGAGCCGCGCCCGCCCCGCUCCGCCCCGCUGCUGCGCAGCGCCCGCCCUCGCCGCCCCCGGACGCCGCCCGCCCGGGCAGCCUGCGGCAGAGCCGCCCACGCGCAAGCGGCUGUGCGGGUCUGUGGGCACCCCUCGCAGAGAACGGUCCCGCCUGCCCCCCGCGUGCCCGGAGGGCGCUGCGGGUCGGGGAACAUCUCGCCGUGUUUCGCUCCCAGGAUGGCCAAGCCCACGUGCUGGACGCCCACUGCCCUCACCUCGGGGCCAACCUCGCUGCCGGGGGGCGGGUCCGGGGCGGCUGCAUCGAGUGCCCCUUCCACGGCUGGCAGUUCCGAGGAGAGGAUGGAAAAUGCACCAGAAUCCCGUAUGCUGGAAAAGUGCCGGAUUCCGCCCGGGUCCGGGUCUGGCCGUCCUGCGAGGUGAAUGGGAUGGUGCUGGUCUGGUACCACCGCCAAGGGCUCGAUCCCACCUGGGCAGUGCCCGAGCAGUGCGAGAUCACCUCCGAGGAGUGGGUGUUCCGCGGGCAGACGGAGCACCUGGUGGACGUGCACAUCCAGGAAAUCCCCGAGAACGCGGCCGACACAGCUCACUUGGCUUUUCUCCACGGCCCAGCCAUUCUGGGAGGGUCUGACCCGAGAUACACGAGGUCCAGGCUGUGGGACUUCAUGAAGCACACGUGGAAGGCAGAGUGGCAGCCAGAGCCCGAGCCCAACGCGCACUGCUCCCGGCUGCUGCUCCAGCACUCCGCAACCAUCUUUGGGAAGCGCCUCUCCCUCAUGGAUCUGACGGUUUCAGCCAGGCAGGUGGGGCCAGGGCUGGUUUACCUGAUCUUUGAACACGCGUUCCUGGGCCGUGGGAUCAUCCUGCAGACGGUGACUCCCCUGGAGCCUCUCCUGCAGAGUGUUGUUCACAAAAUCUACUACCAGAAGAACAUCCCAGCCAUUGUUCCCAAGUUCAUCCUGAGGGCAGAGUGUGUCCAGUUUGAGCGGGAUAUAACCAUCUGGAACAACAAAGAGUACCUGUCCAAGCCACUCCUGGUGAGGGAGGACUCCGGGAUCCAGAGGCACCGGCGCUGGUUCUCCCAGUUCUACAGCGAGGGGAGCGCAACGGCCCCGGCACGGGAGGAGGGCCUGGACUGGUGA